AUGUUAGCCCGCCUUGGUUUUAAGAGUGAUAAAGAAAGACUGAUCAGGACCUGCCAGGACCUGCAUGACUUAAUGUACUUCUAUGUCUCUUCAACCAACACAAUGUUCCGACUCCUCAAUGCACAUCUUGGCACCAACUUCUCCAUCAUGUCAGUAAAAGAACACUUCAGCAUUAAAGAGAAUCUGCAGCUUCUAGUCAGUGCUUUGAAAGAGAUGCAAGCCACCUUGGAAACAAAAGUCAAAGAUGUACAAGAACGCACCAGCCACUGUUUGUAUGCUAAGACUGAUGGUCUCACCUGCUCCCUGCAGGACAAGAUCAUUGCAGUAAAGGAAUUUCAUGAUGAUUGCAAAGAGAUUGUAGAGGGCAUCGUGGGUAUACUCAUUGCAGUGAUGUUGAAACACGACAAUUUCCUUGACACGAUGGAGUCUGCUCUUCAUCACUUACUGAGUUCACCUGCCUUAUCCCUCCAAGUAUCAGAACUCCUCAUAUACUGUGAUGAUAUUGUGAAGAUUCUGCAGCAAAAUGAGACACAAUGUACCACAGAAGGCAGCUCCUUGAGUGGAACAUUACAACAGUUCAACUUUCAUUCUCCAUCCUCCUUCUUUUCAUUUCGUAUGUUCCUACAGGCAAUAGGACACGGAUCCAUAAAGAAUAGCCUGCACGUAGCAGCUGACUACUUAGAGGAGGCUUUCAGGGAGCUGAAGCCACCUUGUGAAAGAUUCCAAGCUUUUGUUAAAACAGUUGAAGCCUGUGUCCCAAUGAUAAUAGAUAAGCAGAAAGAGACAUAA